AUGAGGAGCCGCGGGCAGGCCGGCCCGCAGGCCGACGGGCCCCGCAGGACGCUGCAGGUGGACGGCAGGAGCCAGAGAGCGGGACGGUCCCCGUCGGCGUCGCCCGAGCGGGGCAGCACCCCUACCUCACCUUACUCUGUUCCUCAAAUCGCCCCGCUUCCGAGCAGCACCCUCUGUCCCAUAUGCAAGACCACGGAGCUGCUCUCCUCGCCCCAUCAGCCAAACUUCAACGCCUGCACGCAGUGUCACAACAAGGUCUGCAACCAGUGUGGAUUCAACCCCAACCCGCAUCUUACUGAGGUGAAGGAGUGGCUCUGCCUCAACUGCCAGAUGCAGCGCGCGCUGGGCAUGGACAUGACCACGGCGCCGCGCUCCAAAAGCCAGCAGCAGCUCCACGCGAAGCGGGGAGGUCGUCCCCUCAGCACCAACAAGCCAAGCCUUCCUCCUCGGAGCAGAGAAAGACUGCGGGCGAGUCGCCGGCAAGAGCCGCGGCGCCGGCGCCCGGGCCGCAAGAACAAGCCCAGGAGGGUCUCACGGGGAAGCUCUUUGGCUUCGGAGCUUCCCUCUUGA